CAAAAAAAAAAAUAUUGGAAAUAUUGUAAAUUUAUAUUGUUAUAGUAAUAAUAAAUAUCUAGAAGAUAAUGCCUAAACCAGAUUGUAAAUACUGGGAUAAAUGCUAUCAGCGAAAUGAAAUUCAUUUACAAAAAUAUAAUCAUCCGGAAACUAGGGGCGAUAAAAUAGCAAAUGAGGAAACUCAAAGUUCCACUGAAAGCGAAGCAAGUGAUCACAAAUCUAAAAACUUUCAGGAUGCAGAUAAUAUACCGGAUAAAUACGAAACAGCUUCUUUGCGUGAAGAGGCAAUGGCGAAAUUAAGUGGUAAGAAUUAUAUGGCAAGGUUGCAAAACCGCAUUAAACUGUCAGAGCAAAAGGAAUAUGAUAAUUUGGUACAAAGUAAUGAAUUUAUACGACACAAAUUUUUGGUGGAAAUGCCACCGGAUUUCUAUGACUUUUGGAAGUUCUUACAACAACUUAAUCCUAAGCAAAAUGGUCAAGAGAUUUUAUUAUAUAUGGAGAAACAAUUCCAAUUGCAGUUGGUGGGACCCUUCGAAUUCAUAGCCGGAAAAUUUCAAAAAGCUAAGAUACGCGAACCGGGUGAUUAUCUAAGACAUUGGCGUUUUUUCUACGAUCCUCCCGAAUUUCAAACAGUAUUUGUGCGUAAGUCUACUGAAAUACAUUAUGGCUAUUGGCGUGAUAGUCCAAAAGAAAAUGAUAAUUUGUUGCUGGCGCGUAAUGAUAGUAGAAAAAAUUGUGAAUUCGUAUUCAUUGCUGGUAACAUUUUUGAGGCAUUUUUGUACUAUCUGGAUAGAGAUUUCACGCCAACACCGUUUACAGCUACAAUGGUAGCCACAACAAAAAAGGCUUUACAAAAAUUUGCUGAAGUUCAUGAUAUAGCUUUAGAUAAUUUGGAAAAAUUGCGCAAAAAACGAAAUAGUAAAGUAGUAUGUAAAACUUUCCAUCGAGCUGGAAUUGUCGUACCGUAUGAUCGUAAAACCCAAGUAGGCUAUCGCCCACUGAUUGAAAGUGAUUCGGAAUUAAAAAAAAUUUUACAGAUCUUCGAAACCGUCGAUGGAGAAACAAGCGAUCCGGACGAUCGAAUCAAAACGAGCGUGAUGGAAAAAUUAAAUCCGAUAGCAGUGGCGGCCAAUAUAGCUGUAGACGAAUGCGAUUUUGGAACUGCUCUCGAACUGGGCAUUGAUCUUUUUUGUAGUGGCCAUAAAGAGUUGCAUAUGCUAAUACAAACCCUUCUAGUACAAGCUUACUCUUUACUGCAUCGUCCGCAAUUUAUAGCCAUAGCGAAAGCACAUUUGGAAAGGCGAAAUCAUGUCAAUUUAAGCAUUUUUGAUUUGGAUAACUAAAAAAUAAUAUAUACGCUGCGUUCUGUCCACAUACUAUAUUAUAUUUUGUAAGUUUGAAAUAAAAAGAAAAUUCUGAAAAA